AUCAGCUGUGUCCAAUCACAGCUGAUCACUGAUCAUCGGGCACUGAUGAUCAGUGUGCCCUGAUGAUCAGUGUGGCCCCAGAAGUGCCACCUGUCAGUGUCCAUCAGUGCCAGCAGUCAGUGCUCAUCAGUGCCACGUGCCAGUGCCCAUCACUGCCACAUCAAUGCCACAUAUCAGUGCAAACCAGUGCACAUCAAUGCCACAUAUCAGUGCCCAUCUGAGCUUCCUUUCAAUGUCACCCAUCAGUGCCAGUCAGUGCCACCUAUCAAUGCCAAUCAGUGCCACCUAUCAG